UGACCAGCUUCUGGGUUUCACUUUAGAUGCAUGCGCGCUCAGUUCCAUUAUACUGAAAGUAACGUUCCUUCAUAUUGGCAUUGCAUUUUUGGCUGAUUCCAUUAUACUGAGAGUACGUUCCUUCAUAUUGGAAUUGCAUUUCUAGCUGAUUGCACCUCGCUCGCCAGCGCAAUGCAGGAAGCAGGGUCGCAGCAAUCUGGGGGCGGCUGCAAGAUUCGUGUCAUGACAUGGAAUGUGAACGGCCUGUCCCGUAUCCUUAAGAGCCGCUUCACCAGUCUUGAAAACAUGCUGAACACGCUGCACGCAGACAUUGUUUGUCUCCAAGAGACCAAGUUAUCCAAGGCAGACAUGGAGCGCUUUGAGCAGCUGGCCGUCGUGCCGGGCUGGCAGUCCUUUUUCAGUUUCUGCACCUACCGUGGCGGCUACGCUGGUACCGCCACCUUCUGCCAAGAAUCCCUUGCCCCGGUGGCAGCCGAAUCAGGCCUAACGGGGCCUGCAACCCAGGGUAACAAGCCGCCAGGGGCGACAGUGGACUUCCCGGACGAUGAGGCGUUCUGGAACAAGUACGAUUCUGCUGAGCUUGCGUUGAUGGACAGUCAAGGGCGCUGCGUCAUCACCGACCACUCCGCCCUGGUGGUCUUCAACGUGUACGGCCUGGCUGUGACCGCCCAGGACAGCCCACGCUUUGCCAUGAAGCUUCACAUGUACGAGAUUCUGCAACGAAGGGUAGAGGCCCUCGUGGCGAAGGGGCGGGCGGUGCUGGUGGUGGGCGACUUGAACAUCGCGGUGGCACUUGAGGAUCACUGCGACUACGCGGACGCCCGCCCCAGCGUCCAGAGCUCUUUUCUGGACGGCCGGCCGGACAGGACGCACCUGCAGGCACUGCUCGCCGCAGCGGGGGGUCCCCUCUCCGAUCUGUACAGGCAGCACCACGUGGGCGAGCGCUACUCGUACACGGUGUGGGGGGGUGCGGGGGCCCUGACCGGCAGCAGGCCUCGCAGCAGGGGGUCCCGCGUGGACUACAUCCUGGGGGGGGGCAAGCUGCAGGGUAGCCCUCUGGCUGCUGCCUGCACUGCCUCGGGGAUUGAUGCCCAGCUGUUGGGUUCCGACCACGCCCCGGUGUGGGCCGACAUCAAUCUUCCGGCUUCCGCUUUCGCCUCUUCCGGCGAGGAAGGAGCGGAGCAGGCCAUCCUGCCACUCGACUCGCGGACUAUCGCACGAGCUGGUCGAUCAAGCAGACCGACUCGUCUCGAGAGUUGGCUUCAAACGCCGAAGGCCCAAGGGCGCAAGCGGAAAGCUAGUCCGCUGGAGGAAACACCGUCUCCUCCAAGUAGGCGGGAAGAAACAGAGUAAGGGAAGGAUGAAUGUCCCACUUUUGGACGGUUUCGACACAAUGCAGACACCAUGCGCGCAGAUGCGAAUACGAGAUGCGAUUCUCACGUAUACAUAUGACUUCCGACCUUGCUGUCUGCACACUGACCAUUCCUUUGUGACCACUGUUGACCAUUUCCUUUGUGACCACUGUUGCCCAAUGCCCC